AUAGUUGCCAACACUGCUCCCCUGUGCAUCACUGACCAGUGCUGCUAAACGCCCGUCGCGCAUCAGGUGGCAACUGUGUGCUCUUACACCAAGCAAAACAACUAUUAUUAUUAUUAAAUUCAGCACAAAGUUCAAUGAUUUUUAGGUCCUCUGCACACUGACAAUUCGAUAAACAAGCACUGGCACAGCGAUAAGUAUUGUAAAGGCGCCAACGAUGUUGUCUUCGUCUCGCACAACGCAAAUUUAUUCAAAGACCCACUGCCACAUUUUGAUACGCUCCCAAGCAGCUAAACACGUUUCGUAUGCUUGCAUGUCCAUUUCGUAAUGCCCCCGAUCAGGAACUAAGGUCUGUCCACGCGAGAUGGCGGCGAUAAAGAACAUCACCCUGGGCAUUCUGUACGGCCUGUGGGACAGCAUACGUGGCAUGACACUGGUCCUGCAUAUCGAUGACGAGGUGAACCGCCAGAAUGCCGAGCAGGAGCACCGCCAACAGCUGCGUCGCACCGACAAGGAUCGUUACGAACGCGCCAGGAGGUCACCGUCACCAGUGCCCAGUUCUGCGGCUGCUAUGAUUCGGGAAGAGUACGCCAAGCAGGCGGAGGAGAAUGCCGACGAGCGGACGCUGGAGAAGAUCCUGGGCAAGAAGCCAGCCACCCAGGAUCAACAGCCGCAGGGGGAAAAGAAGAUCGCCAAGAAGCUGUUCAAGUGCUGUAUGCUUAAUGGCGGUUUCACCUGGCUGAGCAUCGUCCUGUUCGAAUCCGCUCUGCUGCCCACGCUUAAAUUCUGCCUCACCAUCUUCUAUGGAGCCCAAUCCGAGACCCUGCCGGUGGUUUGGGGCUGGCUGCAUCCCAUCCUGUCCCUGCUUUUCGGCAUGAUGUGGGUACUGCCCAUCUUCAUGUUGUCCAAGAUUGUGAGCUCUCUGUGGUUUGCGGACAUAGCCAAUGCUGCCUAUCGCGUGAGAAAGGGACGUCCGCAGCUGAUCCCCGGGAUCAGCAAGCUGGUGGCCGACUUCCUAUUCAGCAUGGUGGUGCAAAUGCUGUUCCUGGUCCAGAGCAUGCUAGUUAACCUAGUGCCUGUCAAGUAUGUGGGCUCAUCGCUGUGCUUCGUGCAUCUGUGCCUUCUCUACUCACUGUACUCCUUCGAGUACAAGUGGUUCAACAUGGGCUGGGAGCUACAUAGACGCCUCACGUACAUUGAGAAGAACUGGCCCUAUUUCUUCGGCUUCGGAAUACCGCUUACCGUGCUGACAAAUCUGUCCAGCUCGGUGAUCGUCAGCAGCUGCAUCUUUUCAAUCUUCUUUCCCCUAUUCAUACUCAGCGGUAAUGAGGCAAAACCCAUUGUGGACACCACUGAGGUCUCCCUGCGUCUCUUCUCGCCGGUGGUCUUCAUAUCGAACCUGUGCUUCGGCGGCAAUCCGUGGAGCAAGGCCAACCGACUGAGUGCCAUGCAGCGGCAGCAGUAUGAGCUGCAGCAGCGCCAGCGUUUGCUCCAGCGCGACGAGCAGCUCCUCAAGCAGCGCAAGCAGCAAUAUGUGCAGCAGCAACGGCUGCAACAGGAGCAGCUGAUGCGACGCGAUCGCUCUCAUUCGCGGUCACAGACACCGCAGCUGGGACAUCCCCAUCGCUACGCCCAGGCGCCCGUUUUCGAUGCGGGACGGGUGCGCGACUCCUCUGCCUCGUCCACGCACAGCUCCAACGCGCCGAGCAUUAAUAGCCACCGGCCGCCGCCUUAUUACGGGAGCUCGCUGCGCGGAGCCGCACCUUUGGUGCCCACUCCCGUGCCCGGUGCACCGAGAGCUCCGCUAACCCCGCCCGUGAUACGCCAGGAGUCGGGGCCUGAUGACUGGAACUUGUGAGAUUUAUGCUUAUACACGCAACGUAGGCUUUAGUUAUAUAUAAUUCGAUCUGUGUAAUGUACGUAUCAUCUACCUAUCUAACCAUCGUGAACUGUGUAAGUUAAAGAUAACUCUAGGUCUACGCAUAAUGACAAUGUUCGCUAGUCGACACCGCCACCACCACCACAACGCCCCAUUCGGAACGGGCAUGACUAUAUAUACAUAGAGUGGCUAUAUCUGAAAUGCGGCUCGCGCAACUGCUGCAUAAUCUUAUAGAUGUUUAUUUUAGGCGGCGUUUUUCUCUUUAAUUUUUGCUCGUAGGGUGUUAUGCUCUACACUAGAAAUUACGUCGGGCGUAAAGUUCGUUUAAUGUAUAAUUAAUCAAAAAUAAAAUUAAUUUUGUACUUUCGUCAA